AUGUUCAGUGCUACCUGGCCAGAGGCCCUUCGGCCGGGCAUGAUCGGCGCAGUGAAGGAGCUUGCCCAAGAGCACCACGUCCGCAGAUUUGCACUGCGUCAGAUGGCCGACCACCCGCAGCUCGGUGUUCAAGUGCUGUGUGUCGUCUCAGGCAAAAGCAUCGUCCAGAGGGCUGAGAUCGUCGACGACAACGAGGCCAAGUUCACGAAGCUGAAAGAGGCAGCGCCGGACCAGUGCAGCUCAAUCCCUUCCAUGUUGCUGGAGACCUCUGAAGAGGGAAGUGGAGUCAUGGUGAGAUAUGAGAUGGCGAUCUUCCAGGCAGGCUCAACCGACAAGUGCAUCAUCUUCUGCAGGCGAGGGUGUGUGAUGGCUGCUACAGCGCAACUUGUGUGGUAUGGCGUGGUCGAAAUGUCAUCAACAUGA